UCUUUCCCCCCUUGAUAUCAAAAAUAGGAAAUAUUGAAUUCUGCACAUAAAGAUGAAUGAUGGAUAAUGUCUACCCAGAUAGAUAAUUUAGGCUAUUCUUAAUAAAGGUAAUCUGAAAUCAUAGCACAUGCAUGCAGCGACUACCACUUCUCACCGACGACGUCUAGCGAAAAAACUUCUAAUUGCAGAACAUCUGACGUCACGGAAACCAGAUCUUCCGCGAUGUUGGCUCUGGGCCAACUCAAUUGUAAUACAGACAUACGUGCGUGCGCUCAGGUCUGGCCACAAGGAAGUGGGCUUGGGGAAAAACAAGACAGCGUUAAACGGCGUCUAAGAUGCUGUUUUACGCCGGGUCUGUGCUUCUGUUGAUCGUUCUGGGGAGUUCUACAAUCGAGUCGCUGUCAGCACAGACGUGUCUGCAGUACGCAGAAGACGGAAACUGUGACUUCUACACGGAGUGUUUAGAAGAUAAGUACAGCUGUGGAGCGAAGGGCUACCCUGUGGGAUACGGGCAUCGGUACUGUAACAGGUUCCACAUAUACUACAACGACUUCAAUGCUGAGGGGAAGGCAUGGAUAGACGAUGUCCGUAAGUGCCUGAUGAAGGCCCUGGUGCCCAUAUACAAGUCCAACUCGUACAGCUGCGAUGAGGUGAAGACUCUGGCCUUCACGUCUCACCCGACAUGCUACACGGAGAGUGGGGACAGGUUCUGUAAGGUCCUCUGGACAAACAAACUGGCGCUGCUGAAGGUGUUUGAGGCUGACGAUUUUCUGGGAGAAGACAGCGCCUUGGCUAUAGAACAAAUCCUUAUGACCGGUCUCCAAUGCCUGUGUGACUACGGACUGGCAGACGAGAUACACCAGAUUGUGGAUGCCACCAGCGAUGUCCGGACAAAAGUCUUGGAUUUCACGACUCAACUAUGGCGAGAUGACCCAAAAGAAGCAAUCCAGUCGGAGUGUGAGGCCAAGGCUCUGCAGGGAGACUGUGACUUCUACAACUGUCUGGAGCGGCGCCACCCGUGUGGUUUAAAGGGGUUCGCAUCACAGGAGGGUCGUCCAUUGUGUGAGAGACUCAAGAUCAAGAAAGGACUGUUUAACGCACAGGGGCAAGCAUGGGUAAAUGACUUCACCAAGUGCCUGACACGUUCUCUGCUCCCAAAGUACAGAGAUGAGUCGAUCUCGUGCAGGCACAUCAACAACUACGGUUACCAGGCACAGGACAGCUGCUUCAUAGACACUGGAAUCUGUGAUUUGGAAGAAGACAAACAGAAUGAGUUCGCUCUCUGGUACAUCUCCGAUGUGGUUGAAGACAGUAGGUUCCACCAAGAGUUAUCCACCAUUCUGUGCCGCUGUAACAAGUAUGAGGGAGGCAGUCGCUACAAACUCAAGUUCAGCUUCGAGCAUGGCAUCUACUUAAAACAAAAAGCACCCGUUAUGGAUGAGACAUCCCCUGCAGAUUUGCCGUGCACCGGCCAGGGCGGGCAGUGUCAGGACUACACUGUAAGGACGUGUCUGGCAGGGUACGAGACCAGCAAGUGUGGCGGCAACGCCUUAAGGAGAUGCUGCCUUCAGUGUGACUCUUCAUGUCAAGCUGACCACCUGAGAUGGUCAGCAGGGGACAGCAGCUGUUCUAACGCAGGAGGUCAGUGUAAGAUGGACAGUAACUUCUGCCAUGGUCAGUACCAGACUGGGAUGUGUGGAGGACCUGCUGGCAGGAAGUGCUGUACCCCAGGACCUGGUGGAAGUUCUUCAGGAUCAGGUAAUUCCGGCUCUACAGGAACUGGCUCAGGAAACUAUGGGAACAUCAUGAACGUGGACACCACUGGAGCCUCACAGACAACUGCGAAUCAAGAUGGUCUAAGCUACAAUGGUGUUCCAGCAUCCCAACAGCUGGCGAGAAACGACCUCUCCCGUUUAAACAACUACAAGUCACAGAUAGAGGAGGCUGCUGCUGACAAGAACAUGGACCCAGCUGUCAUUGCUGCCACCAUCAGUCGUGAGUCACGGGCAGGGAACGCGCUGGACACUAAUGGAUAUGGAGACCACGGCAAUGGCUUUGGCCUUAUGCAGGUUGACAAGCGGUACCACACUCCUGUCGGGGGACCAUAUAGCACGGAGCACAUAAAACAAGGAACCCAGAUUCUUAUUGACACCAUCAACUGUGUGAAAAACAGGCAUUCUGACUGGACAGCGGAAAUGGCUCUCAAGGGCGGCAUUUCUGGAUACAAUGCGGGCUGUGGUAAUGUGCAGACAUACGCAGGCAUGAAUGUAGGCACAACGGGUGGAGACUAUGCCAAUGAUGUUGUAGCAAGAGCUCAGUGGCUCAGAGGCCAAGGUUUUGGUGAAGGAACAUCAGGUUCAACUUGUACAGUUCGCCCCUACAGUAAUACCAGGUUUGUGGGCGACCCAAUUCAUGUAGAAGAUGGUUUCAGGGAUUCCAUGGACCUGAUUAACACAGCAGCUGCAAAAUGCAAUGUCAAGGUAUAUAUAACACACUCAUGGCGGAAGGUUGGAGAGAUUAUUCCAGGAGCGAUUGUCACGCCGUCCAGUCGGAGCAACCAUUUUGUGGGCCAUGCCAUCGACAUGAAUGUCCAGCGACCAGACGGGACUCUCUGCAAUAGCUCCUGCUUGAGAGGUCAAAGUGACAGUGAUGCUACCUGCUUCAUCGGUAAAGUCCAAGCCGCAGGACUGACAUGGGGAGGGGUGUGGAGCACACCAGACCCUGUCCACAUCGACGAUCGUCUGAACCUCAACACUGCAGUAUACAACACCAUGGUAGACAGCCUUCAGAAAGCAUGUCAGCACAUUCCAAUGACCUAAAAAAACUUGGCCUAAAGUAAUAUUAGAUGGCCAGUCCCAUUCAAGAUGUCAGGUUAAGUUCGUCUUCUUAAAGAUAGUUUGUUUCUUGUUACUGUUUCUUGUUACCUUGAAGUUUAUGUAUAUGAUGGACAGCCAUUCCUUCUGAAAAAUGGAGAGUCUACAGGUUCAGUGUCCUUAAUGUAUAUACUUACAAGUUGUCCUUUUGUAUAUACAUGUGUACUACUUACAAGUUGUCACAUAUUGUACAUUUACUUCAUAAUAUCACAGAGUUAUAGAUUUGUACUUGCCUUAUACACUUAACACGUGUCAUGGUGUUGCAUUUUCCUGGAUACAGCAUGUUUUGAUAGAUCACAGCAAAGAUGAUGCAGGUAGUCAGACCCAGCAGUGUGGGUACUGACACAUUGUUGGUUAGUUUUCCAGUCACAUUCACUGGUGUCACUGAAUCCCUAACGAGCGAGCAGAAAAACACUCAAGUACCUUUUAAAGUUAGCUCAAGUGCCUUAGUUUACACUAUAGUUUACACUUAAUCUAUUCCAAUGACCUAAUAGCCUUAAAUAUCAUUAGAUUAGGUCAGCCCCAUUCAAGAUGCCAGGUUAAGUUGGUGUUCUUAAGAUAGUUUGUUGUUAUUGUUUAUUUUUACUUUGAAGGUCAUGUACUACAUAUCUGUCUAGAUAUGCUUAAGGGGUAUGCAAUACAAAGAUGGUUCAUGUAUA